AGCGACGACCCGGACCGGUUGGACCCGGAAUCCAGGUCCGAGUCAGAGUCCUGCUGCCUGGGGUCCUGCUGGCGCUGGUGCUGCACCCACUGCUUCGUCCAGAAACCCGAAGGCCAGGCAGCCAAUCCUGGUCCCAGACGAGGUCCUGGACACGCCCCCAAAAAGCAAGGCUCCACCAAUCAGAAAACGGAGGAGCCUGUGAGGAAGCAGGUGCAGAAAACAAGACACAGUCCUUCACAAGUUGGACCUGGAGACCCUCAAACCCAGGUAGCUCCAACAACUCCGACUGAUUCAGGGUCUUCAGCAGCUACAAAGACUUCUAAAAAGAAAGCAACUCCAACAACUCCAAAAUUUCCAAAAAUUAAAACAACUCCAGCAGCUCCAGAAUCUUCAGCAGCCCCAAAGUCGUCUAAAAAGAAAGCAACUCCAACAACUCCAACAACUCCAACAACUCCAACAACUCCAACAUCUCCAACAUCUCCAACAUCUCCAACAUCUCCAACAUCUCCAACAACUCCAACAUCUCCAACAACUCCAACAUCUCCAACAACUCCAACAUCUCCAACAAUUCCAGCAGCUCCAAGGACGUCUAAAAAGAAAGCAACUCCAGCAGCUUCAGCAGCUCCAGCAGCUUCAGCAGAGAGUCAACUACAGAGGGUUCGUCCUGAGUUUGUUGAGAGGGUUUCAGAAGCGAUCGUGAAGCAGCUCCUCGACGCCCUCGAAUCAGACGGCGUCUUCAGCAUGCUGGAGAUCGAGGCCAUUCUUCAGAAAAACAGAAUCAGAGCAGACAAAGCCUGGGACCUAAUUAGCUCUGUGGCAAAGAAAGGAGAGGAAGCGUCCAACAGGAUGAUUAAACAUCUACAGACCAAAGAUCCAAUGCUGUCCUUUCAGCUGGGCUUGUUGUCUGCUUCACCUGCGAAGGAAGGAAGUCAGCUGACGCAGAACCACAACAAAGAAGAGCCUGGUUCUGGGCAGCCUGGCCCGACCACCAACACCUCCACUGAGGUGAACUCAGAUGAGAUCUUCAGGAAGGAGUUCCUGGAGACCCACAAUACCUACCGGGAGAAGCACUACGCUCCGCCGCUGGCCUACAACGACGAGCUCAACGCCACCGCCCAGAAACGGGCCAGUAAAAUGUUGGAAACAGACAGCUUUGGGGUCAAAGAUACCGACGACGGAGAGACCUCCUUCUGUGUCUCCCACAGCAAAGCUCUCAGACCAAAAGGUAAAGAAGUCGUAGAUUUCUGGUACAAAAGGGAUUAUGACUUCAACAACCCUGGCUUCUACACCGAAACAGCGACCUUCGCUCAGCUGGUGUGGAGAGACACCAGGGAACUGGGCCUGGGCUUCGCCACCAAUGGAAGUAAGAUGUAUGUGGUGGGACAUUACCGUCCAGCUGGGAACAUCAACACAGCGGAGAGAUUCAGGAAGAACGUCCUGCCUAAAGUUUAUUUCAUUCCAGGCUCCUCAAGCAAACUAUUAACAGCAGACGCGACCUUCCAGCGUGAGUUCCUGGACACCCACAAUGCCUUGCGGGCGCUGCACCACGCCCCCCCCCUGACCCUCAACAUGGAGAUGAGCGCGGCGGCGCAGAGCUGGGCCGAUCAGAUGCUGGAGACCAACAUUCUGGGCCAGAGUGACUGCGACGAUGCAGAGCUAUCUUUGUAUAUGAUGAACUACAAGUCCUUCAAACCAACAGGUAAAGAAGCGGUGGAAUCGUGGUACGAUGGUAUCAAGAAUUACGACUUCAGCAAGCCCGGCUACCAGAAACAAGCAGGAUCCUUCGCUCAGGUGGUCUGGAGAGACACCAGGGAACUGGGCGUGGGCAUGGCCAGUGACGGCGUACGGACCUUCGUGGUUGGACAUUAUCGUCCAAACGGCAACGUCAUAUUUGAGGACAGCUAUCAGAAAAACGUCCUCCCCAAAGGAACAUCCCUGUGAUUCCAGAGGAAAUCCUGACGACACGCCGUGGGGUCGGAGACACGGACAUCACAGACACGGACAUCACAGACACGGACAUCACAGACACGGACAUCACAGACACGGACAUCAC